CGCUCCAACGGUCUCCAAUACCCCAAAUCUCGAGAAAGAAAGGGAAAGAGCAAGCCAAGUGAACCAAGCAGCAGCUGCAGGACGAAAAAGUGGAAACUGAAAUUUACUCUCCUCCUCGGAAAACGAUCGACGAAUAUGAUCAUUCAUCAUUAUCCUCCAUGGGUACUUCUCACUUUGUCUUGGAGGUUGGGACACUGGUCAGUGCAUUCAUGAUCACAAGCUCGGAUGGAGAAAAGGGGGAAAAGGGCAUUUACUCAUAUGUACAGAGAACCGUCGGUCAUCAUCAUCAUCGCCAUUCAACUUAUUCCUUCAUCAGCUCGUUUGUUUUUGUUUACACGUGAUAAUGGAACUAUAGUGCUUCUUCUUAUUCUGCACUUAUCCACCAUUGCUACUACCAUUAGCUUUUCUUCACCUGUUCCUUGCUCCUGUGGGUUUUGCAAGUUUUCUUUCCCUCCCUUUUGUUCUCCCUCUGAUUUUCUCCUCCAACGACAAAAAAAGGCAAAGUCGAACCCAGAACCGGGAACCCAGGUGGGGUUUUGGGGAUCCGAGGUUGGUUAGUGGGUCUGGUUUUGAGCUCCGAUACGAAACGGUUUCCUCCAUGGGAAUUGGAGGAAGAGCUCUACCUGGGCUCUUGCUACUGCUGUUGCCCAUUCUUCUUCUCCCUUCCGCUGUCUACUCGGAGUUGUAUGUUCCAAAACCUAGGCACUUGACUCUACUGAAGAGUGCUCUAGAGCGUGAAACUUCGAAUGGAGAGCAUUCAGACAUGUGGACUCCUUUGUCCGAUCAGGGAUGGAAACCGUGCAUUAGAUCAUCAAACCCCUCUUCAAUACCAGAGGAUUCAGAGGGUUAUCUUCAGGUGUUUCUUGAUGGGGGCUUGAACCAGCAGAGAAUGGGGAUAUGUGAUGCUGUAGCAGUAGCUAAGAUACUGAAUGCAACACUAGUCAUCCCACAUUUUGAGGUGAACCCGGUUUGGCAAGAUUCAAGCUCAUUCAUGGAUAUAUUUGAUGUGGAUCACUUUAUUAAUGUCUUGAAAGAUGACAUUUCUAUAGUUAAAGAAUUGCCUGAUGAUUACUUCUGGAGCACUCGGGAGUAUUACGCUGCAGCCAUUCGAGCCACCAGAAUUAAGGCUGCACCUGUCCAUGCUUCGGCCAAUUGGUAUCUUGACAAUGUAUUACCGGUGCUUCAAAGUUAUGGGAUUGCUGCAAUUGCGCCAUUCUCACAUCGGCUGACUUUCGAUAACUUGCCUUCCGAUAUUCAACAACUCCGUUGUAAGGUGAACUUUGAGGCAUUAGAGUUUGUUCCCCACAUUAGAGCACUCGGAGAUUCUCUCGUCAGUCGCCUCAGAUAUCCUUCUACUCAAGCCAAUGACCAACUGCCUCCAGAAUAUCUGCGACAGACCUCGGAUGUUAUUGUCAAACAAAAGCCAAGCAAGUUUGUUGUUUUGCACCUUCGUUUUGACAAGGAUAUGGCUGCCCAUUCAGCAUGUGACUUUGGUGGAGGGAAAGCUGAAAAGUUGGCUCUAGCCAAGUACAGACAGGCAAUUUGGCAGGGGAGGGUCCUGAACUCACAGUUCACUGAUGAAGAGUUGCGGAAUCAAGGGCGAUGUCCAUUGACUCCAGAAGAGAUUGGAUUAGUUCUUGCAGCUUUGGGUUUCGACAACACUACCCGCCUUUAUCUCGCUUCCCACAAGGUUUAUGGUGGGGAAGCACGAAUUUCAACACUACGAGAUUUAUUCCCGCUCAUGGAAAACAAGAAGAGCCUCGCAUCACCGGAGGAGCGAGUUCGGAUUAAGAAAAAAGCUUCACUAUUAGCUGCAGUUGAUUACUAUGUUGGCUUGCACAGCGACAUUUUCAUCUCGGCUUCCCCAGGAAACAUGCACAAUGCUCUGCUGGGUCACCGCACGUAUAAGAACAUGAAGACCAUAAGGCCGAGCAUGACUUUGCUGGGGCAACUGUUCCUAAACAAGAACAUAACCUGGGGAGAGUUUAGGCAAGCAGUUGUUGAAGGUCAUGGAAGCAGACAAGGGCAGAUGAGGCUAAGAAGAGCAAAGCAGUCCAUAUACACAUACCCUGCCCCAGAUUGUAUGUGCCAUGUUUGAAGGCGUGUUCAUCUUCGUCCGACUACGAUGAGGGCUCUGCCAACGGUAUGUUCCAUAGCGAAGAUAUACUGGGGUUCAGCUCUCGACAAAGGCACUUAAGAUAGGAUGGCGAAUUAAGGCCUCUGUGAGUCUGUGCUCUCAAGGCUUUAAAUUCCAAGGUGUUCCCCUGAAUGUCUUAACGAUUUCUUUCAUCUUUGUACAUACUUUGUAGCCACUAGGCAUAGAGCAUUUCUCUUGUGCAUCGCAAGACCUGGCUGUACAUCCAUGUCCAGAUCUUGGCUCCUCGCUCCAGCCGGCAUCUCCCAAUCGAAAGCGCAAAUCAAAUUAGCCAGAGAGAGCUCCACAUUUGCAAGUCCCAUAUGAAUUGCAGGACAUAUUCUUCUCCCGGCUCCAAAUGGUAUCAGCUCAAAGUCCGCGCCUUUCACGUCAAUGGAGCUCCCUAUGAACCUCUCUGGCUUGAACUCUUCUGGGUUCUCUCGCCACGCUUCAGGGUCCCUUCCGAUGGCCCAUGCGUUUAUGUGGACCGCAGUCUUGGCUGGUAUUUCGUACCCGCCUAGGCUACAUUUCUGAGUUGAUUCCCUUGGAACCAGCAACGGAGCUGGGGGUUGCAGUCUCAUUGUCUCUUUAACCACGGCUUUGAGGAUUCUUCAUCAGAUAUGUCAUGGACCAGAUCACAGUUGCCGCGCUAGUGUCCGAGCCACCAACAAAUAUGUUCUGCGAGGGGGAAAAUUGGAGGAAGAGAGAAAACGAAGUUCCCUUUCUUAUUUCCUCUUUGAACAAAGAAGAAAGUAGAAGUUAUUCUAAGGAGAUUGAGUAGAGACUAAUCAAUUACCAUGAGAAGUGCUUUGAUGUGGUCGAGUGUGAGUUGGAAUUUGAAGGAUUGGUCCUUCCAAAUCUGAAGUAAAACAUCCAGAAUGUCUUCAUGCUCUGUCUUUUCUCUGGUUGGAUCAAGAUGUUCGUCGAUUAUCUCUUGGUAGAAAGCAUCAAACUCCUUGAAAUUCUUGUCAAGGCGCCCGGUCAAGCCAGUGACCUUAUCGACAAAGCCCAGAACAGGAAAAUGGUCGGAGAAAAAGAAGCUUGUAAACAUGGCUUGAGUUUCAUUUAGCAGCGACUGAAAUCUGCUUCUCUCAAUUCCUUCUUCCUCGUACCUCUUGUCAAAGGCCACCCUACAGAUAAUUGUGCUCGUUAGGGUCCUCAUGGCCUCAGACAAGUCGAAAGGUUUCGAUCCAAACGAUGAUGAUCUCGAUAUCUUCUCGAUCAUCUUGGAGACUUCAUACUCCCUGAUAGAACAAAAGCUUUGGCCCUAUUCAUGUUAAAGAGAUGAACCACACACAGUUUUCUUGUCUCUCUCCAGUAAGCAUUGUAGGGUGCGAAUGCUAAGUCGCGACCAUGGUACGAUAGCAUUAGCGCACCAGCAGAGACUGGCCUGCUGCAGAAUGUAAGGUCUUGGAUUUUCAUGACCUCUUCAGCCAUCUUGGCACUUGGCAGUCGAAACUACCACAACCGAGGUGGAACCAAGUCUCAGCCACAUCAAUGGCCCGUAUGUUUGAGAAAGUCGCCAUAGAUACCGAUGAGGGGCAGAAGGAUCAAGCUGGAGCAAGUUCCCAAUCAAAGGAAGACCAGGAGGCCCAGGUGGGAGAGAAGCACUAGAGCUUUUCUUGUGUUUCUGCAGAAGUAGUAGUAGUAGUAGGAUGCAGGGGAUAGCCAGGAGAAGGUAGAUGAAUGGUGCCAUGUUUGAGAAAGUGAUCACCUUUGGAAGUAAUAAUUUGAGAAAGAUGCAUUGCAUCGCAUGUAUAUAUAAAUGGAUCCCCUUUGGCAACGAAACGAUUGUACAAUUACUGGCUCCUAGUGGAAGGAUAUUAGCAUUGUGCAAUGGUCAGAAGGGGUUAGCCAAUGCAUCCAAUGGCCUUUCUUU